AUGAGCACCUCGAACUCUGGCUACGACAUCCUCGCAGGCCACCCCGGCCAUCUCACGCCCGACCAGGAAACGGACUUGGAGAGAUUCAAGCAGAACCUCAGCAGUGCAGGCCUCUACAAGCCGGGCGACGAGUCGACACCCCCAUCGCACGACGACGCUGUCCUCCUGCGCUUCCUUCGCGCGCGCAAGUUCGACGUCCAGAAAGCGCAGAAGCAGUUCUCCGACGCCGAGGCCUGGCGAAAGGAAAACGACAUCGAGAACCUCUACGCCAACUUCGACCCAGAGGAGUUCGAGUCCGCCAAGCGCUUCUAUCCCCGGUGGACCGGUCGGCGGGACAAGCAGGGCGUACCGGUAUACGUCUACCGCCUGGCGGCGCUCAGCGGGCCCGUCCUCAAGGAGCUGCAGGCAGUUCCUCAGGAGCGCAGGCGCCAGCGGAUCACCGCGCUGUGGGAAUUCAUGACCCGCUUCACCACGCCUCUCUGCACGUACCUCCCGCAUCCCGGCGACCCGCCCGUCCCCAUCGUGGCCGUCAACUCCAUCAUCGACUUCGCCGACUGCUCCAUCGGCACGCUGUGGUCCCUCCGGAGCCACCUGCAGCAAGCCAGCACCAUGGCCACCGCCAACUAUCCCGAGACGCUGCACACCGUCGCCGUCGUGAACGCGCCGAGCUACUUCGGAACCGUGUGGGGAUGGAUAAAGAACUGGUUCGACGAGGGGACGCGAAACAAGAUCCACGUCCUGGGCUCGGAUCCGGGGCCCACGCUGCUCAAGCUCAUCGACGUGGAGAACCUGCCCAAGAUAUACGGCGGCCAGCUGGACUUCAAGUUCGAGGACGAGCCCAACCUCGACGAGGACGCCAGGAAAAUCAUUGGGGACAGCGUCCCUAAAGGCCCAUGUCUAUUCGUCGACGGCAAGGUGGUUAUACCCGAGAGGACGAAAUGA